GUCCCGCAUGCGCGUCGUCGAAGAAUCCAGUAAAUAGAACCCAGGAGCACGAGCAGAGUGUCUGUGCUGACGUCACGGCCGUACGUUGAGAGCUGGAGCUGAGUUGUAAGCGCGAGCUCAGACGGAGGCGCGCCGAGGGAACAGCUACAGCUAUGGUGCUCUGUUCUUCUUCGUGAGGACGAAAUCAGCCAAUUUUAUUCUCGUUUUGACGUCUUUUUCUCCGUCUUCUCCGCGACGUAAACAAGCCGUCGGACAUUUUGAAAUCGCUUCGGGGAUACAAUAUGUCUUCCACGGCGGUCGCUGCCUCCAGAAGGCAGUCCUGCUAUUUAUGCGAUCUGCCCCGCAUGCCGUGGGCGAUGAUCUGGGAUUUUACCGAACCCGUCUGCCGUGGUUGUGUGAACUACGAAGGUGCCGACCGGAUUGAAUUCGUUAUCGAGACUGCCAGGCAGCUAAAGAGAGCACACGGCUUUCAGGAGGGCCGCUCUCCCGGCCCGGGGAAGCCCCAGCACGCCGGGAAAGAGCUCAAUCACUCGGUUGGGGACCUGGGCUCUCGUCCCCCUCAACCUCUGGAUCGUUAUCCGCUGUCAGACAGGCCGCCGCGGCUGGGCCCGGAGUACCAGGCGGGCAGGCAGGCGAACGGCCUCCCGAUGCCCAACGGAUUUCCCAAACCCGACGAGCCACCUGAGCUAAACCGCCAAAGCCCCAACCCCCGCAGGACUAGCACGGUUCCUCCUAACUUGGUGCCUUUGGUAAACGGCGCGAUACCUGCCAUACAUCCACUCAGCGGCCGCCCGACACAGAUCGGUCUGCCCGGCGCUCUGAUCGCGCCUGUCCCCGGGGAGCACGGCAAACGCCCGGAGGAGCUGAAAGACAAGCACCGGGCGGACAGCAUGUCGGACAUGUCGGACAGCCACAAGGACUGGAUAAACAAAGGCAAAACUGUCAGGGACCUGAUGCUGCACACGUUCGACGGCAGGGUAAAGAAGGACCACACCGCCAUGCAGCGGGUCAUGGCGUACGAAAUGAGCGGCACUUCCUCAAAAACAGACAGAGGGAAGCACCCUCGGCCUGGGAAGAGGAAGGCCUCCCCCGAGCCAGACUGUGAGAGCAGUGUCCCCAAGCUGAACGGCAGCGAGGGCCAGCCAUGGCUCCCCUCGCCCUCCGAAGUCCUGAAGAUGCCCCCAGCUGCCCUGCCAGGCUUCUCUGCAGCGCCUCCAUCCACCAUCUCCCCCCACUCCCGCACCACACCACCUGAGGCUGCCACAGCGCAGAAUGGCCAGUCUCCCAUGACUGCACUCAUCCUCGCCACUGAUAACGCAGGCAGCACGGGCUCGCCUAAGGACGGCAGCCAGGUACAUUCCACCGUGGCGGGGGCGCGACGGAACAGCGGGAGCCCCCUGUCACCCUCACAGAGGAGGUUGGCCCAGAGAGAGGGGCCUGUGAGUGCCAACCCCUCUGCCCCGCACGGUCCCGGCAGUAUGGAGCCACCGCCACAGAGCAUUCCGGAUUCCUCCGUGCCACCGGGCAGCGUGCCGCUGUGCUGCACUCUGUGCCACGAGCGGCUAGAGGACACUCAUUUUGUCCAGUGCCCUUCAGUGCCCUCUCACAAGUUCUGUUUCCCCUGCUCCCGGGAGAGCAUCAAGCAGCAGGGGGCCACCGGCGAGGUGUACUGUCCCAGUGGUGAACGGUGCCCGCUGGUUGGCUCCAAUGUACCCUGGGCCUUCAUGCAGGGGGAAAUAACCACCAUAUUGGCCGGAGAUAUAAAGGUAAAAAAGGAGCGGGACCCUUAAAAAGUUCUCCGACUGCUUCUCGUGAACUUGUUUCCCUUUGUAACCCAAGUAUGGCAACAACAGCAGGACAUAAAGUAACAGACGCAGCUCACCCAGCAAACCUCAGAGGAGCUGGCAGACAUGUACAUAGUGAACACAGGGAGUGUAUACUUCAUAAAUGUGGCUGUAAAAUUUGACUUUUUUCUUUAAUACAUUGUGUUUCUUACUGUGUUCCCAGUAAGACUUUUCCUUUUUCCCACCACAGCUGUUUCUUCUCAGUCUGUCGUUGUACGUUAGGUCUGCAGACAGUCCCUGUCCAGCAUAGAAUGUGACUAAUUUGAGCACUUGGCAAAAAUCCUUUAAUAAAUGAAACAAAAAAAUGCUUCUAGCUGUACAUGUAUGCACUUGUUUAAGAAAAAACUUGCCAAAUACAGUUUCAGACCUUGUAAUAAUA